CCUGAGUGUUCCGUUCUCUGUCAUCUGUAGCUCAAGAAUCAAUGGUGUACAAACAGAGUGGAAGGCAGGCUCAUGUAGACACCUAUUAUGACGUCUGGACUCAUCUAAACUCAACAUACAGGUAGAAAAGAAAGAUAUAAAGGACAGAAGUUCAUUCUACAUAAGAAAAAUGGAUGUUAGCAACAAAGAAGGAGAUCCAGGUCAUCCCCCUCCAAACAGUCGUACACAACUGGACACUCUGCCCAAAGGACAUGUAGAGGGUGAGGAAAGGCUGAGUGACUUUGGAUCACCUAGACAUGGGCCAACUCUCUCAACCAGCACCAGCAGUUUUGAAGCUCUUGACCCCCAUGACCCUAAUCUUAGCCACUUAGCAUCAUUAAUGUUCUCACACACCUCUAAUUAUUUGCAGGGUGAAUUGUCUGCAGUCCUGGAGGAUUAUACACUACUGGAACAAAUGAAUAAGGCAACCAUCACCAAGUAUGCAGAUAUGCGUCAGAUUGGAGGAAGUGUAAGCAGAGCACUUAAGGAUCUGAAUGAGAAAUACUUAGCACUGCAGCCAUACCUUGAGCAAAUUGAUCAGAUUGAAGAUAGUGUCACAAAAUUAGAAGCAGCUGCAUAUAAACUUGAUGCCUAUUCUAAGAGAUUAGAAACAAAAUUCAAAAGUUUGGAGAAGAAGUAAGAUAGAUGAUACAGGUGUGAAUAUGUGUCCUGUAAGUGGAUAAUUCUUGAGUUACCAGAUAUAAAGUUAUUCAAAAGGACAUUUCUGUAUAGAGGUAUGCUUCACUUACAGCCUUGUGGCCUGGUUUUGAUAGAUGGAGCCAAACAGGGUUGAUAGGGUGUUAUAGACUGUGAUAUGCACAGAGCUGUUCUUUAUGUUAAUGCCUUUAACUAAAGUUUUCUUUCUUGCCUGAAAUGUUUCUUACCAGUGUAUAGGGAAGACACUAUAAAAAAGCUAAUUCUACUGAUACGUAUUGAUAUGUUGGUGUGUUGGGUGAAGAUGGUGUGAAGUUGUUUCUAAAGAUUUUUUGCUAAUCAUGAUCAUGAAUUACUUAAUGUUCAUUUUAGUAAACCUGUGAAUUUAAACACCCAGUAAUUCCACUUAGGCCAGCUACAAGUAAUUAAGAAGAGUAUUGUUGAAACCACCAUUGACUGUAUGUAUGUGUGUAUCCUCUUCAGCAGUUUUUAAAAGUUUACAUGACAGAGGUAUGCCUGUUACAUAUAAGUCACACUUUGGUAGGUAUCCUAAAUAUUUCUCUGCAGUGAUAAAAUCAUUUAUUUAUUGUAACAAAUUAUAUUAUCUUACAUGUGUGUGCUUUAAUGUAUGUUCACAAUCGUUAUUGGUGUCUCAAUGGGUCUUGGUAACAUAUUGCAAUUGUUGGAGACUACCCGUUGCUCACCACCAGUGCAAAUUGGAAACUUGAAAUUUUAUAAGUUAACUGUAUCAGUCAUACAGUACUGACUUCUUUGCCCUUUACAUUAAUUAUAUACCGAUUCUGACGCAGAAAAGUUUAUACCAUAGUAACUCUAAUGUUGCCAGUUUGUAAUAUUUGCUGGAAUAAAUUUAUGAUUUCAUGUCGUAGGUUACAUUGUAUGAUUUCAUCUCUCUUACUGCAGUAUAAUCUAAAUAAGCUAAAAUUCGAUUGGUUCAUAAUUGUAAUAUCAAAUGUUGGAAAAACUAUUCUGAUAAAAGUUUACCCCAG